ACUCCGCGCGCCGAAGGUUGUGUUUCUCGGUUCCGCAGAUCCGUUCCGAAAGCGCUUCGAAAACAUGCGUUAACUGCCGGCGGACGAUGCCGCACGAUGCUGUUUGAUUUCCUUCGCCGUGAUUGCCCCUGUGUUCCGUGACGCGGGAUUUUUUGUUCAUGUUCUCUCGAAAGCAGUGUGCGAAUAAACAAACCCUGUGUGAAGUGGCGAAUCGAAUCACUCUGCGCGUAUUGAAGCAAUACACCCCCUGGUGACACUGUCCCAUGCGAUCCGAACCGACUCCGAGCGAUCGCCCACGCAUAUACGGAGAACUACGACCGAGAUUUGCCCACAAAUCCGGGCCCGGCGGAUGUCCCCAAAAGGUUCCGGCCCAGCUGAGGAAAACCAACAGAGAAGACCAAGAACCGAGGAGUGAAGGCGCUCUGGGGAGGGAUAUCAUCACCAGAUCGCUUAAUAUCGAACCGAACCGAAACCCUAAUCCGAACCAGACGCGAUGCACUGCAGCCAAAAGCGUAACGAAACCACGACGGCCCAUCUUUGCUAAGAUCUGAAGAAUAAUAAGAAAAAAAAAAACAAAAAACAAAUAAACAAAUAAAAAAUAUUGAAAUCGAAAGCUAAGGCAGAGGAGCUGUGACUUGAGUUCCAGAAAGAUUGAAAUAAGAACCCAACGCGAUGGCCAUGUUGGAGGCGAGGCCGUACCGGCCAUUUAAGUCCAGCGAGGAGUACCUGGAGGCCAUGAAGGAGGAUCUGGCCGAAUGGCUCAGCACACUCUAUCCGGAGCUGAGCAUCAAUGCCGAGAACUUCAUGGAUCGCCUAGACACAGGCGUGGCAUUGUGCAAGCACGCGAACUACGUGAGGCAGGCGGCGGAGGACUAUCUGGCGCGGCGACAGGCCCGCAACAAAUCGAUGACCCGCUCGAUGACCUCGGGUCUGGCGGGUCCCAUUCUGGCACUGGGCAACGUCCACUACCUUCCGGCCGCCAAGAGCGGCACCUUCUUCGCCCGCGACAACGUGUCCAACUUUAUAACCUGGUGCAGAAAGAGUCUAAAGAUCAUCGAGUGCCUGCUGUUCGAAACGGACGAUCUGAUCAUGCGCAAAAACGAAAAGCACGUGAUCCUGUGCCUUUUGGAGGUGGCACGUAGGGGCGCCAAGUUUGGCAUGUUGGCUCCCAUGCUGGUGCAAAUGGAGCGACAAAUCGACCGGGAGAUCGCCGCCGACAUCAAGGCCAAUGGCGUUGGCUCCUCGGAGAGUGGAACCCAAACGGAGGCCAUAAGCUCCGGAAACAGUACGGCCACAACGACGACAAUAACGACCACCACGGUGGAGACGGACCUGUAUGAUGACAGUGAUGACUCGGAGACCGAGGAUGACGGCGACGAGAAUCCAGUGCUGAUGUACGGCCCGCAGCCCCAGAUAAUCACCAAUGAUCUGAAGAGCCUCGACGAGAUGGUAAGGGACCUGGUGGAGAAGUGCACAUGCCCCUCGCAGUUUCCCAUGGUCAGAGUGUCCGAGGGCAAGUACCGCAUUGGCGACACCAAAGUUCUUAUCUUUGUGCGGAUCCUUCGCUCCCACGUGAUGGUGCGCGUCGGCGGCGGUUGGGACACGUUGUCCCACUACCUGGACAAGCACGAUCCAUGCCGCUGCCGUGCCCAGCACCGCAGCUCCGUGGCCGCCCGCCUAGUUCCUCGCCAGUCCCCGAACCACAACCCCAGCAACGGCAUCGAGCUCCACAAGGCACAGGUGAUAUUCGAGAGGUCACCGCCAGCAGCUCGUCGGGUUUUCAACAGCCCCAAUUGCAAUGGGGGGUCGGGAACAGUGGUGGGAGCGGGAGCAGGAUCGGCACCAGCAGCAGGCACAGGCGUGGGUGUGGCACCGCCUCCGCCGAUCCAGAAUGGCCACAGUCUGUCGCUGAAUUCGGGAAAGUACCGCAGUCGCAGUCCGACGCCGCAGCGAAAGUUUCUCAAUCAGCAGACGAACGGAGGCGCAGGAGGAGGCAGUGCCACCGCAACGGGUUGCAGCCAUACAGUCAUCACAGAAUCCUCGGGCGGCCAGCUGCUCGGAUCGCCCAGUUUGGCCAGGCGAUCCAUGUCGCCGAGUCCUCGCCGGUUGAUCGACAUGCGCAAGAAACAGAGCUCCUUGGAUUCGUACAGCAGUGGUCCGAAAUCGCUGCCCGGAUACAGUUGCUCCUCCAUGGAGGAGGCGAACGGAGCACCGGCUGUUGGGUCGGCAGCGGGGGGAGGAUCGGGACCAGGGUCGGGGGCAGCGGCGGAGCAGAGUGGUGCCAACAAAUUCGAGAACAUAAGUGACAACGGCAGUGAGAUCAGCGAUGAGGGCUACCGCAGCCUGGGCGUCAUCCAGUCCGGAGCCCAGAAACGCGAGUCCCUCCACAGUCAGGCUUCCAUUGAGGACGCUGAAAGCAAUGCGCGUCUUGACCAGACCUCCAGCGACUCGCAGAUCUCGCCCUCCGACGAGCCCACUUCCGAUGAGAAGACAGCCGUGGAUAUUCUGGAAGAGGUGGAGCUAAAUGGCCACGAUCGCCAGCACGAGGAGCACGAGGACUACUCGGUGUGCGAUGGGCCACAGUCCCUGCCGGCGAUUCUCGGCGUGGCCCACAAGCUGAACGACAAGUUCGAGCAAUCCGGGGUCUUCAUCACCGACGACGAGAUCACCGUGGACAUGGCCAAGACCGAUGAUCAAUCGGUGGCCCCGGCGGCGGGCCUUCAGACACCCAAUCUCAGCAAGAUACCGCGCUCUCCGCUGGCGCAACGUCGUCGCCGGAGCAUCGACAAUAGCACAUGUGGCGGUGCCGGCGGAAGCCUGCAGGACUUGAGCAGCCGCUCGGGACUACCGGCUCCGGCUUUUAGCCGCAAGCAGCCGGUUUACCGAUCUGUGCGAACGCGCAACUCAACGGGAGCCACGCCCACGCCGGUGGCGCCGCCCCGAUCCCGUCAAGCUACCCAAUUGCCCAUGGUGCGAGACGUCACCAACACGUGGAGUGGACGAGCCACGGGGGCACCGAAGAGGAGACCUCCCUGCACCGCCGACACCUUUGUGGCGCCACCCACAAAUGGAACUGGACCUGGAGCCGCAGGAUCCUUUGAACGGAACGGCAAGGCACGCUCCUCGCAAAUACUCUACGACAGCAAUGGCCGGCGGGUGAGAAGUGGAGCGCCCGGCUGCACCAGUUCGCUGACCACGUCGCCCGUGAAGAAUCACGCCUCCUCGCCGCUGGCCCAACAGCUCCUGGAGGCGGCCAGCAGCGCCAAGAACGACGCCCAGAUUCUGGAGAAGAUGAAGUCCCUGCUGUCACGCUAUGCGGCUGGUAACCAAGCCAAGGCAGGAGGAUCAGCAGCGGCCAACAAGAUCAACAGCAAUGGCAAGAAGACCCCGGUCUACGAGGACUUCACCACGGCCUGGGUGCACAGCAACGGCAAUCUGGAGCGUUCGGAGAGCUGCUCCCCUCCAGCCAAGGCACGUUCCAAGCGCAGCUCCGCGGCCAGCUCCUGCGAGAGCAACAACUCGAAUGCGGGAGGAGCAGCAGCCGGGGCAGCAUCGUCCAGCGUGGUAUCGCCCAGGCGGGAGAGGGGCAUGUCCAAGAUCCCGGCGCCGGUGCGCCACCACACAGAGCUCUACUAGCAGCGCCGGAGGACGCCAAGCGUCCAGGUCCGUUUCCAAGCCAAGUCGAGGGUUUUCUGAAAAGCCUCCCAGCGAGCAGAGGAGCAAGCAGGCGACCAGGAGGUGAAUGAGUCGGGGAUCGGGGGUAGUACGUACAUAAGCAUAAGAUAGGGUUAGAGCCAAGCUGGAAUUGUCGCUGCUGCUUCGGCGUGUGUGUGCGUGGAGAGCAGAGAGGAGAGCCUGGGAGGGGAAUUUAAGGAAUCAAGCCCAAAAGAUAGUCCAAUAAAAGUUUGGAGCGAAAGUGGAUGAGCAUUAGGAAGCCAUCCCAAAAGCGAAGUAAAAGAAAUCCAGGGGAAAGCCAUAGCCAUAGGACACCCGAAUCAGAAUCAGGAUCGGUGAAAUCGUCGAGUGAAGUAAGCAACACUGAAACUGCCUCAUAGACAGUCAGGUCAGAGUCCCUAGCAGCCAGAGACCCCAAGCAUAUCCCCCUUAUAAGCAGCUCUCUUAUCUUAAACUCAACUAUGAAACCCCCUAUAAUCGUCGUUAUAUAAACUCUCCUUCCGUAUAACCACUCAAUAUGCACUAUAGUUUCCUUAAGCCCUAUAUUUCCACGUAGGUCCUAUAGUUUUCGUCUUGUAACUCAACAGAUGCAGCAUUUCGCAACCAAAAAUAGGCAUUUGAACUGUAUUUAAAGCUAGCGUAUAAACGUGGUUAAUUGUGAGUUGUAGGAUGCCCCCAGUUCGCUUCGAUCUGCGCUGAUCUAGGGCCUUGAAUACACCCCAUAUACAAUCCAAAUUUGAGACUCCGUAAACGUUUUAAUCAAUUUUUUGCCUAGACCUAGAACAGGAAUUUUAAAUCUACACGAAAGCAAAACAAAAUCGAAUAUCGAAUAUAUCUACAAGAGGCGUGCACACACCACACACACGAUCGCAACACACAUAGAGGGCGCGUACAUAGUUUUCUAGAAAUUUUUAAAGAAAAGCCAACCAAAUUCUUCAGACUCGACUCGCAGCGAGGCAGAAUACGUUUAUUUUUGUACGCUUGAUCAGAGGAGCCGGCGGAGAUCGUGGGAUCUGGAGAGACGGAUAGCUUUUAGACAACUCGACUUUACAGUAUAGCGAUAGAUAUACAAGCAAGGAAGGAUUCGGUUAGGGCUGGAGCAGCAUAGCUAGGAAAUGAACGCCCCGCCACACCUUCGGCCAGUGGGUGCUCCUUGGUCUGGAAGCCACAACACCACGCUCUUCGAGGCCACAAAGCUGCACCACCAACAUCACACACACCACCCGAGGGUGCAGUGCGUCUCUGGACUUUUGGCGAGUUGGUUCGAAUUUAAUGAUCUUAGCCACAGCGGAGGCGGUUCGGAGCGAGACCUAGGACGCACUGCACCUGCCAAGCAUACCACAUAUGACACACAUGAAAACAUGAAACACAAAGCAAGAAAACGGUCACAAAAGGAGAGUAACUGAGAACCUAUAGCUUUCGACGGGCAGGAGGACGUCGUCAUAAAGGGAACGGCGUCGGGAGCGAACGAACGAACCAUAGCUUAAUUAUCAGAACCCUUAAAAUUGUACUGUCAAAACACGUAUAUGUAUGAUUCCCCUUUUUCUUAUCCCUAGCAAUGUUAACAUAUAGUUUAGUACUUCGUACCUAUCGUAACUACAUAUAGAUUGUAAAUUGCGUUUGUCCAGUUGCCCCAUGUUGUAUAGUUAUUAUGUAGCUGUCGAUACCUUAUAUCAGUUACAUUUCGUUUUUUUUUUAAUUUCUGUUCGUAUAAUUUCCUUUUGAACCUAAGUUGCGUUUUUCAGCUUUUUAUUGUACACCAAAUGAUACCGAUUUAUGUAUAGAACCCAGGUGUCGCGAGAGAUCGCAGCCGAAGUAAUUAAUGAUUGAUUGUUUAACAAUUGAAUUGUUGCAACACAGACACUCACACAUAGACAAAACACACACACCGGACCCGUGGUGUAGUUGCAAUUAUAGAGAAUUAAGUAAUCCAAGCGAUUUGCCUGCCAAAAGGCUGAAAGCAAAUCGGGCGCAAGAGGAGGAGGACGUGGCACCACGGGUUCUCGAGCGCCGGCCAUGAGAGCAUCGCAUCGCGUCGCAUUGCAUUGCAUACAAUAUAUUUGGAUAUAUAUCGCAGAACAUAUAAAGUGUAUUUUAAAUACAGCUAAAGUGUAAUUAUCAGUUCAUUUCGAAAGCAAACUAACUAUUACAAAUGGAAUAGAUUAGGCCGCAAGGGUGUACUCUAAGCGAGCAGCAGCAUAAUUGAUUUUAAUCACAAGAAUUUAAUUAAUAAAAGCCUAUAUACAAGUAUAUAUAAUGAAAACCAACAGA